AUGGCGACUCAAACGAUAAAGCGAAAGCCAUUGGUAGUGGUGUGCAGGGAUCGCAACAUGCUCGAAGUUGGAAAUGGACUUUAUGCAAAUUUUGUUGUUGCUGCCGUUGAGGGGAGAGAAGGAACCAGUAUUCUUCUUAGGUUCCAAUUUUUCCAGGUAUUUGCAUUUCCAUUUAAAUUCAAUCCUAAUCUUUAUUUUCUCGGGAGGUGGAGUGGUGGCAGAAGAACAUCAUCUAUCAUGUUCGAAGGCUUUGGCUUACCAUUGGUACACGUUUUGGAAUUCGUAAAACUGGUUGAUAAUGAUUUGAAACGACACGACGUUGAUUACAAUAAGAGUGGCAGAUCGAAGAAGGUUAGUGAUCGCACUCAGGGGAACAUAACAGGCUGA